AUGCAACAAGCAACAGUAACUUGGCCGUUUGACACGGUGCAGCUAUCUCGAAGGGGGCUCUUCACUUUCCAACAGUUGACGAGGGCACUGUGUCGAGAGCCCGAGACCCAACAGGCUUAUUGGUGUCUUAUUUAUACGCACUGGUUACUUCUUGCCGAACUUAUACGGGCAUUAUCGGGUCGAACUGUUGGGGACCUGUGUGGGGACUGUUCAUCAGACACGUCUCUUUGCAGUAACUGGACCUGAGGACAAAUGGGUUUAUGCAGCAGCAAAUGCAAGCAUGAAAGGUAUUCUGUGCCUGAUGGAUCUCCACCGCCUGCCUAUGCUCCGGGCGGCUUCGCCGCGUUCAAAAGCCCUACAAUGAAGUUCAGGGCAAUUUCCGACCAGUACACAACGCUAACACAGGUCCAAGAGGCGCUGCGGAAAGGCGGCUUGGAGUCCUCCAACCUCAUCGUGGCAGUUGACUUUACAAAGAGCAAUGAAUGGACCGGCAAGCACAGCUUCGGUGGGAGGUCCCUGCACGCCAUCGGUUCCGUGCCCUCCCCCUACGAGGAGGCCAUCAGUGUGAUCGGCCGCACGUUGUCCACCUUCGACGACGACGGAUUCAUCCCCUGCUACGGCUUCGGAGACGCCACCACGGGCGACCAGUCCGUGUUUUCCUUCCUGCCGGGAGACCAGCCCUGCCAGGGCCUGCAGCAGGCGCUGCUGAGGUACAGGGAGUUGUGUCCCCACGUGCGCAUGGCCGGCCCCACCUCCUUUGCGCCCGCCAUCCGUCAGGCCUCCCGCAUCGUGGAGGCCUCGGGCGGGCAGUACCACAUCCUGCUGCUGGUGGCGGACGGGCAGGUGACGCGCCCCGCCGGCAUGCCCUCCGGCUCACACAGCGAGCAGGAGCGGGCCACCAUUGACGCGAUCGUGGAAGCCAGCCACCUGCCGCUGUCCAUUGUGAUGGUGGGUGUGGGCGACGGCCCCUGGGACCUCAUGCGCGACUUUGACGAUGAGCUGCCGCAGCGCAAGUUCGACAACUUCCAGUUCGUCAACUUCACGGAGCUGGCCGCCUCCACCGCGGGCAACCCGGAUCGGCGGGCGGCGCAGUUCGCGCUGCGGGCGCUCAUGGAGGUGCCCGAGCAGUUCUCGGCCAUCCAGCGGCUAGGCCUGCUGGGCAGCUCAGCCGUCGCCGCCGCCGCCCGCAACCGCAGCUCCACCUACCGUGCUACCCUGCCUCGUGACCCGCCACAGCCGCCGCCGGGCAGCGGUGGCGGAGGCGGAGGCGCCGCCAGGAGCAGCCUCUAUGGUGUCAAACUGCCGCCGUUACGGACGCCGGUCAGCGGAUCGGCGUUGGGAUCGGGGUCGGGAAACCCCACGCUGCAGAGCAGCGGUGGAAAAGGCGGUGCUGGGACGAGUUGCGGUGCCUGUGGGAGUGGCGACACCACCAACAACAACAACAACAGCAACACCGGUGCCGCUGCUGCUGGUGGAUCUGCUGGUGGCAAAGGCGGAAAGGCGGUGACGUCAGGGUCAGCGGCGACCCCAGGGAAGGGCAGCAGCAGCAGCAGCGGCAACAGCAGCUGUGGUGCCGCGCCGCCCGGCGCACGGGCUGCCGCAGCACCUGGGAGGAGCAGUUGGGAUGCUGGCGCCAGUUGUAGCGCAGCAGGUGCCAGCGGCGGCGUGUCGGCCGCAGCAGAUGCGGGUGGUGCGAGUGGUGCCGGCGGCAGCGGAGGAGCGGAAGGUGCAGAUGCAGCAGCGGAGCCGACGCCGGACCCCAUGUUCCUGUGUCCUAUCACCCAGGAUGUCAUGGAAGACCCUGUCAUCGCCACCGACGGCUACACCUACGAGCGCUCCGCCAUCACCAAGUGGCUGGCCCAACACGCCACCAGCCCACUAACAAACAAGCCGAUGCCGGGCAAUGCAAUGCUGAUUCCCAAUCACGGCCUGCGAUCGGCUAUCAUGGAGUGGAAACAGAAGACCGGGCAGCAGUAAAAGCGAACCGUUUUGAGUUGCUGUUGUUGGUUGCCGUCAAGUUGUUGCUCCUGCAAAAAAAGAUGCUCGGAUUGAUUUAUCUGGACGUGGUUGAGUGGUGUGGGUGUUGGAGCCUGUGUACGGCUCGUUACGGUUUUUUGUUAGCCGAAUUGCUAAAGUGCGCUUUGUUUCGUUGGUUGGUUACUUGGAUAAGUGUCCUUCGGCGAAAGUUGUUUCGGAAUUAAACGUAAUUGCGCUGAAGAUGCGUUCUCGUUGUUGCAAUUUGCUUAACGGCUAACGGUUAGGUACUUUUGCGACCCGCCUGCAUCCGCACAUGUCCUUGCAGUCAAUACUCCUAUUUUCCCUGAACUCAAAAGGCAAAACAAAGGCACUGGUUUGCAUUAUUCAAAGGCAUGGGUAUGCAAUUGGGGCUCGAGCCCCGCCGUGACCCACAUGAGGGAAUAUUGGUGGUAAUCUACGGCGACCAGAGCUCCCAUGCCGGUUAUCCCAUGUGCAGUUGGCAGGCUGUUCUGGUAUCUUAGGGCCCAGCUCGUGCCCGGGCUGUUCAGAGGGCGCUGAGAAAUGUGUACAUAUGUAAAGCCAGGGGGCUGCGUUGUGGUCGCGGGUUUGGAAGGGAGGGUCUAUCUGGGUAGUGUUCACCUGCCGUACGGCCCUCCAGUAUUGUCGUACAGUGUGCCGUACAGGGCAGCUGCGAUACUCCUGGUGUUUUUGGAUGUGGGGUUGGCUACUAUCAGGCUUUGCCAGUUGGGCAUGCGGGGGUGUGGUUGGUCUGCCUCCUUUCUUUUUGUGGUAUCCUGCCAGCUUGUUUCUGUUCGCUAGGUUUGACUCGACUGUGAAACGUACGGUUACGUCGCAGCAGUUGAUAUCUGAGGGGCGGCUUCAGCAUAGCUUUCCCUUAAGUGUUGGCGGAGAAACGCGGAGAAGCGCAACAGUGUCGCUAGCGUGCAUGGUGGAGGUGGAAAGGGUUGUAUAUGGAUACGGGUGCGCCAGCCUUUGGAGAGUGCUUGGGUUCCCGCCCGCUUUAAUUGCUCUUCUGUGAAAGCUGUGGAU